UACUACCGGCUACUCCCCAUAUCAGCUGAUGUUUGGUCGCCAACCAAGGCUUCCGGUCGAUAUAGCCUUUGGGCUGAGCCCAGAGGGAAUCACUAAAGUGUCUCACUCUGAGUAUGUUAAGAGGUUGACAGAGAGUCUCACAGAAAGCUAUCAGUUAGCCACAACACACAGUUUAAAGAAUGCUUUGCAGAACAAACAGAGGUUUGAUCGCAAAGUAAGGGAGGCCACAUUGGAAGCAGGAGACAGAGUCUUGGUGCGGAAUGUUGGCAUCAGGGGGAAACAUAAAAUUGCUGAUAGAUGGAGUGAUACAAUAUAUACUGUUGUCAAACGUAUUGAAGAUUCCCCUGUAUAUGUUGUCAUUCCCGAACAUACAGAUGGUCCCGAAAGAGUUUUACACCGAGACCUGCUUUUGCCGUGUGGAUUUCUUCCAUCCACUGUGAGAGAUAUGCCAUCACGGAAGUCAAGAUUCAGACAGAAAUCUGAUAACUCACCUCUUUUUGAGGGUGAUGGUGCUGAAGAUAAUGACGAAUUGUCUGAGAUGGAGGAUGAGGUUGAGUACUACUCUCUUUAUGAUCACCCAUACCCUGAGUUAGAAAGUAUCCAGGAAAAUGUUGAGCAGGACAGCAGGAAGGUUCAAAAGGAAGCCAGACCCAAGCAAAGGUCUCAGGGUGGAAUAUCAGAUGACCAGUAUGUUCAAAUGGUGAAUGAGUCUGUUCCUGAGUAUCAAGUUGCUAGAACAAGUUUUGAUGUGUCUACAUUGAACCCUGAAGCUCCAGUAUUUGAACUUCAGUAUGAUGUAGGUGAUAGACCCUGUGAGGUCAGUCGAGGUCAACACUCACCUGUACCUGAGACUGUAAGAGCUGAGGAAAGCAUUCCUAAUGUUCCUGUCACAGAUCUGAUUGAACAUUGUACUCCUAUAAAUGGAACAAACAUUGGAUUGAAUGAGAUGGAGGAGGGAUUGAAUGUAAAAGAUCCCACAGAGUUUGAGAAAACUGAGGUUAUCUCUGAUGAUGAGGUGCCAUUGAGAAGGUCUUCUAGAGAUAGAACAGCUCCCAAAAAGUUGACAUAUCCGACUUUAGGGAACCCACUAGUUACAGUUAUGCACUCAAUUUUAACUGGGUUAGAUAAAGCUUUCUCCCAAACCCUUGACACAGUACCUUACAUAUGUCAUUUGACACCUUUAACUUCUGAGAUAGUGUAGGGUGCAGCAUGCAAGGAUGCAUGCAGAUUAAGGGGGGGAGGAUGUAACCUACUUAAAAUGAACCUAAAAGCAGAGUAGGUUUUAUCUAAUAAUUAGGUUAUUUUCAGUUAUGUCUUUUAACUGCAUAUCAUUAUUGCCCAGCAGAUGGCAGUAGUGGCACUGCAGAGAGGUGAAACUAAUAUAGUUCUCAGUAGGGAGAAGGGAAAAAGAACGCGACCGAAUGGGAGUGAACAGAGUUCUAAAAAAAAAAACACACUGAGUUAAUUUUAAAAACAUAAAGUUUUAGAGCUCUAGUUUCUACACAGAAAUCAUCUUUUGAACGGUGUCGCGAGGGAAGAGGCGUUUUACUGCUGGCGAGGAUUUGUGGAUUGUUUUCUGUUUUCUCCGGUUGGUUUUUUGUAUGCAUGAUUUGAUACCGCCAUUGGAUUCACCGCCAUCGGACAGACGGAGGUGCGGCGAAGGAGCAUAGUGUGCAAGAAGUCUCUAUCAGCAGGAACUUCCAUUUCCAUUCGACGUGUUUUCAUUUCAUCUCACAGAUAAGCGCUUGAGAUCUCAUUACACUUAAAAAAAAAAACCACACUACCCGGGUAGAACAUUUUAUUUAAUAUUUUUGGGGUUUAUUAUUUUCAUCAGAGCUCUGAUUCUACUUUUAAAAGGACAUUUGGUUCUAUACUAAAAGGACAUUUGCUUCUAUACUAAAAGGACAUUUGGUUCUAUACUAAAAGGACAUUUGCUUCUAUACUAAAAGGACAUUUGCUUCUAUACUAAAAGGACAUUGAUUUCUGAGUUGCAAGGGAUACUGUGGUUUCAACUAAAUACAUUGUAACGGAAGAAAAAAAGUAAUUUUUGGAUUUUGGUUUAUUGUUAAAUAAAU